AUGUCUACUCCUCCUCCGCUCACCCUCGCACCUGCACCCGCUCCGCCUCCGACAUCAUCAUGGACCUUCACUCAAGGCUUCAUAUCGGGUCAAGCAUCAUUCUUGAUCAUCGUACUUUUGUUCGUACGAUAUGUGGUCUUCUCACCUUCUGAAGAAUCAGAUACAGAGGGAUGGAGAAAGAGAAGGGCAGAGAAAGCAAAGAAAGCUUUACUAUCGACAACAUCAGUUCCACCACCUCCACCAGCUCAAUUACUCUCGAAAACAAACUAUGAGAUGGCUACUCAUGCUGCUGAAUCUACAGAUUGGGUGAAUGUUCUCCUAGCGCAGAUGCUUCAAGGAUAUAGGAAUGAUUUACUCUCUGCUAAUGGAGAAGAAGGAGCUAGACAAAGAGUUGAACAAUGGUUAAACCCAGUAGGAGCGAAUCUCAGUUGGCUGGAUCCAAUCGAAGUCACAUCAUUGUCUUUGGGUAAAGCAUAUCCCCUUCUUUCCAAUGCAAGAAUACGGCCGGCCGAUGGUCAAGGUAGAAUAAGAGCGGAGAUCGACGUUGAUUACCUGGAUUCGAUAUCGUUGAAUCUCUCAACGGCUGUUUUGGUCAAUUUCCCUAGACCGAGAUUUGCAGUACUACCCGUCUCAUUAGGUGUCGAAUUAGUCUCGAUCGGAGGAACUAUGAGUGUUCAAUUACACGAACCAACAGAUGAAAGGCAGCAUAUACAUGUUUCUCUAUUACCUGAUUUCCAUCUAAAUCUCAAAACUACCAGUUUAUUGGGUAGCAGAGCGAAACUUCAAGAUAUACCGAAACUUGAACAACUUAUUGUAUCUAGAUUACGAUCAGUAAUUCAAGAUCGCUUUGUGUAUCCUUCACAUAUAUCACUUGCUUUACCUAGAAUACUAUCUCCAUCCGUAUCGCCCACUCCUCUACUGAACGAAUUCGGUGAAUCUGCCGUGAAUGCCAUGAGUGAAGCUAUGACCAAUGGUAUAUCACGUAUGGUUAAUGAUAUCAUGGGUCCAGUCAUAAAUCCUUCUUCGUCUGAAAUGGGAACUUCAACCACCACCGUAGAUAGAGUUAAUGGCGAUUAUCAAAAUUAUCAAAAUGAUCAAGAUGGUGAUGAGAUAUAUGAGAAUCAUCCUUUGGAUCAAAUAGCUAUUUCAAGAGCUAAACAAUCAGAUAGAGAACAAGGUUCACAAACUCCACAAUUGAAUCCUCAACCUCCUCAACUUCCUUCUCGAUCUACUUCUAAUGCACGUACACCGAGAUUAAUCCCUCAAAGACCAAUCAACUCACGUAAUCCAACGAUGACCAAAAACUACCUUGAAACUCAAACUUCAAGACCUCAAAUGACUUCAGCAACAUCCUCAUAUCGUCCAACGCCCACACCUUCAAUCUCAAAUUCAAACCCAAAUCCAGCUACAUCAAUUAAUGGCAAUCCAACUAAUAACGCAUUUAGAUUUAGAGGUCAAUUCGCAUCAAAUCCACCUACACCAGGAAUAGAAAGAGAUGGAUUAGGAAUUAUGGAUAACAAUACUUCCUCGACGACAGCAAGUAGUGCUAGACGGAGGGGUAUAUUCAACUCCACCGCUGAAUCAUAA